AAAAAAAGAGAGAGAGAGAGAGAGAAGUAGGUGUUCCCUGGAUUCCAGAGGUGUGUGAUGCUUGAACUUAAUAUUUAUAGGGCAAUUGUGGUCAGCUUUUCCAUUUAGUGUUUUCAUAUACAUUAUCAUUUAAUCCACACAUGAGCUUGCAAAGUACCUAUUAUUAUCCUCAAUUUACAGUGGAGAGAACUCAAGACCAGAGUGAAUUAGGGCCCACACCACUGCUCAGUAGGGGAGCUGUUCUGGCCCCUGCCUCUCUUCCCAGUACUCAGAGUGCCUCUUACUACAGCUGGCCCUACGGGGAAGGGAAAGGCACUGAUCUGUCACUGCUAUCGAAUCCCCCAAAUUCCCUUCACCCGGUUCCUCGCACCCGGGGUAGCUGCCCUUUGGGGCGAAGGGCACAGGGGAAGGGGCCUUAGUGGGUUAAUUAUUAACCCUUUGCCCCUCAGGGCAGCACGGGCUUCUCUCCCCUCCUGGAGGUGGAGGGACACUUACUGGCUAGGGGCUGGUAAGGGGGCGGUGGUCCCAGCAGCAGGCAUGGGGGUGGCGGUGCGGCCCCGACUGCGGCACUGGUUCAGCCACUCAGUUCCUCUCACUAUCUUCGCGCUGCUGCUGCUUUAUCUCAGUGCUCGGAGCCUAGGCACCCGUCCGGGCUGCGGACCCAGGGCUCAGGCCUGCGUUCCAUGGGGAACCGCGCCCUUCCAGGUCCGGCAGGAGUCGGGACCCCUGGAGGCCCCGGAGAGGAAAGAGCCUCCGUGUCUGGCCCCUCGGGGGACGCUGGGCCGUAUGAUGAGGCCGUUCCACGCCAGUGUGAAACCCGAAAGGGAUGUGAGGCUGUCGCCGUACCUGGCGGGAUGGCGGGCACUCGUCGAGUUCCUGACUCCUGGUUCAGUCUUCGCCUUCGCCACUAGGGAGGCCUUCACCAAGGUGACAGCCCUGGAGGCUCGGGUGCACGACCCGAACGCGGAGCACUACUCGUCUCUGGCGGCCAUGGCGGCGUGGGAGCGGCGGGCGGGACUGCUGGAGCAGCCGGGGGGCCCCCGGGACCCGGCCCGGAGCUCGGGCUCUCGCACGCUGCUCCUGCUGCACCCUGCGCUGCGCUGGUCCCAGCUCUGCCUCCACCGGGUGGCGACCGGCGCGCUGGGAGGCCCGGACGCGGGAUUGCAGUGCAGCGACGCCUACCGCGCGGCCCUGGGUUCGCAUCCCUGGCUGGUCCGUCAGGCCGCCCGCCUCGCCUUCCUCGCCUUCCCGGGUCGCCGCCGCCUGCUGGAGCUGGCGUGUCCUGGAACCACCCAGGCGGAGGCGCGGGCCGCGCUGAUCCGGGCCGCCGGCACCCUGGAGGAUGUCUACAACCGCACCCAGAGCCUGCUGGCCGAGCGCGGCCUGUCUGCUCCAGCUGACCUAGGACAGCGGCUGCGGGGACCGGCGGGAACGGAGCGGAUCGCCCGCGGUGGGGCCGCGCAGCCCGAGGUCAGCCCCGCAGCCGGCGCCGCGGCCGCCUCCGUAUCCCGCCUCAUCCGUGACGUCGCGGCGGUGAGGGCUGCCCCCGGCAGGGAAUGGCGUUGAGCUCCCUCUGUCCGCAGUCUCGGAAAGACGGCAGGAGCUGUGAGGAAUAAAAAGUACUUGGCAGCAUCGACGUAGGGCGUUUUGUGUGAUGACGACAGGCGCUUAAGGGAAAUAAAAAACGAAUGUGA